AUGAAUACUGGUUAGGUAGUGGAGAAGAAAGAUAAAGUAUAUAUAUUACUUGAAAUAUUCAAAUCCCAUAUCAAUGAUCUGAUGAAUCGUGAUUUUGAUUUUAAAAAGUCAUUACAACUACCCUCACAGUUUGAUUAUUGUGAAACAUUACCGGAGAGAAACUCAAAUCCAACCAGUAUUUUGGCGACACAAUCAGAAACACUUAAAAUGAAUAAUUCCUUUUCACCAUAUCGAUAUUAUCCACCCGAGGAGUUUACACCGACAACUCCACCACUUGUUGUAAAAUAUAGACAAUUUAACGAUUUGCCUAAUGAUCCUACACUGUUACAGAAUAACAUGCAUCCUCAGUGCCACAACAGACCUUUGAAAACUGAUACCACUCCUUGUGAAGUAAUGACACCGAGUAAUUUAACCAGUGAUACAGUGAAUACAUCAAGUACUGAGGCCCAGGUCAGAUGGAAUCCCACGAGUUUCAGUCCUGAGGCAAAUACAUCAGCACUGAAAAAGAAUCUGAAAAGCAAUCAUGAGAAUCAUACCAGUGACAGUGUGACGGUGGUGCAUCAUGGAAGACAACGUAGUAUGCCUGUUUUUAUGCCAUCCUAUAUGAAACCUGAUACUGGAGUAGAUAAAUUAGAUAGUGAGACAAUGACAGAUACAGAGAAUUCUCAUGAAUCAAAACAAUUGAAUCAUCUUACCCUAUUGGGUAAUUCAACACGAUCUAUUUCAACAAAUAUGAUGAAUAAUUCUACAAUUGAUACAUCCAAGGGAUCACUGACAACAACAGCAGGGAAUCCAAGUUCUUUAAAUCUAGUCAUUGAUAUACAUUUACACGGUCCUAUUAGUGAUUUAACCGAUAGUCGGAUGACACAAAGUUGUAUACAAGAACAAGAUUAUACAAAAUCAAUCGAUGAAACUGUGCUAAAUAAAACAAAUUGUAUUAAAUGUUCAAUGGAUGAACUUUUAACAAAUAUGGAUUAUUGUACAUUGAGAUGCAAACCCCAUCGGGCUAAAUCAUUGAUUGAUCAACGGAAUUCUUCAUCUCAGUCAUCUUCAAAUGAUUUGAAUACAGAGAGUAGUCGAUUAAGUCAUAGACUGAGUAAAGUUUUAUGCAAUAAACACAAUGGUUAUGUAAAUAGAAUCAAUUCAGCUGACAUAAAAUUGGACAAUGUAGUGGAUACAAGCAAAAUGAAAUGUUCCACGAAUAUUCAGAACUACAACAACAACAACAACAAUAUCAACAAUAACAACAACACCACCAACACCAGCAACAACAAUUGGGAUUCACAUAUACACAAUAAUCAUAAGAGAUCCGAGCAGAUUAUACAACGUUUAAAACAUAAUAAUAAUCCUAAUAAUUAUCAUACACAUGGUUAUGAUCGUAAGAUAUAUAUCAAUCAAAAUAAUGGUACUACAUAUAUCGAUGAUUUACGUAUACGUCGGACACCAAUGCCAGGGCAUAGACAAUUUUUAAAUAACACAGAAGGCGGUCAUUUUAAAUCGUCAACAAUCGAUCGAUAUUCUACUAUGCCAAAUAUAAAUAGUAAUAAUAAUAAUAAUUUACCAAAGAAGCCAGAAUAUUUCACUUCGAAUUCUGGGACAUUUUCACAACAAUCUGUCGACAUCCCCCUACUGAUUCGUUUAUUACAAUCAUCAGAUCCAGAUGUUGUGUCGAAUGCAGCUGCUUAUCUACAACAUCUGGUAUAUCGUAAUCCUAGUUUAAAAGAGAAAACAAGACUUUCCGGUGGUAUAUCAGCCUUAGUUCAGUUACUUUAUUCAGAUCAUACACGUGUAUGCUUAAAUGCUGUCGGUGUAUUACGGAAUUUAACAUGUGGAGAUACACUAGCUAUUAAGAAGGAGUUAGAAAGAGUCGGUGGUGUACGUGCCUUAGCCUGGUUAAUUGAAAAUCGUCAAGUCUAUGGAACAAGUGUAGAUUCUUUCAAAGAUUUAAAUUAUCCUGUAUCCAGUAGUAAUUCGCAUACUUAUCAUUUCAAUGGUACUACUGAAUACGACGAUUUACAUCAAGCUGUAAAAUCAAUUUUAGAGAAUGCUGCCUCUGUAUUAUGCAAUUUAGCAUCAGUUAGUUGUUUAAAGCGAAGUGUACUACAAGAAGCAUUAAUUCCUAGUCUGUUGAAUGUGAUUAUUGUACCAGCUGCUACAGAGACAACUGUCUACGGGUCAAAAGAUAACGGGGCUGAAUCAAUUAUCAGUAGUAUGCUGUUUAGAAUUGUCACGUCAUUAGUUCGAAAUAUAAGCAGUUCUGAAGAUGAUGACAUUAGAGAACAAAUGCGUCAGUGUCCCCAACUGUCAACUAGUCUAUACGCUAUACUACACUAUGCCGUUGACCAUGGAUUAUAUGACAAGAUAUCAAUAGAGCAUUGUGUUUGUACAAUUCGUAAUUUGUGCUAUGGCUUACAACAACCACAACCACAACAACAGAAUCAUAUUGCUAAUCCGCAGCAACAGCAGCAGCAGAAAUCACAGAAACAACAACAGCAGCAACCACAAUCUCAACAGAUUUCUCGACGUUCACUGACACCAUCAGGUCAAGAGAGUAAAGCUCAACUGACUCACGAGAAAUCACACAGUAAUUCAUUAUUCAGAAUUAAAUCUUCCAGUCUGUCUAGUGGUAAGAAGUCAAAGAGAUCAAUGGAUUUUGAAGCUUUAUCUGAUUCUUCGUCAACGCUACUGAUGAGUCAGUCGAAAUCAGAGAGUAUCCCGCCACCAUAUGGUGAUAUUGAAUCAAUCAAGACACUGAUUGCUUUACUACAGUGUAGUUCUAAUCCAUAUACACUUGAAGCUGCAGCUGGUGCAUUACAGAAUUUAACAGCAGGAAAUGGAUACUCCAGUGAAUGUAUCAGAGAGAUUAUUCGUGUUAACCAUGGACUUCCAUUGCUUGUUGAAUUGUUAAACAAUCCAAUACACUGUGUUGUAGCAACAGCUGCCAAUGCUCUGCGUAAUUCUGCAUUGGAUUUGAUUAGUUGUAGCCUACUUGGUAAAUAUGCAUUGAAUCGUAUCAUUCAGGCGUUGGAUCAACAUCCUUGUGGAAUUGGAGUCAAUACAUUGUCCAAUCAAUACACUCCAAAUCAUUUAAAUAAAUUAAACCCGAUGAAUAACAGCAGUUCUGAAUGGCAACUGCCUCAUUCGAAAUCGUUGAAUCUAAGUAACAAAUUGGCAACUUUACCUAAUUCAGAACACUAUCAAUACAUUGAAGAAGAUAAGACAAAUAUGAAAAAAUUAUGUACAGUUAGUUUACUUACUCUGUGUUGUAUUUUAAUACACAAGAAAUUAGAACAUGCAAGACGUUUUGUUACUUUGGGUGGAGUGGAAAAAUGUCAAGAAUUAUUAAAUCUUUGUAUCACUUAUGGUCAUUUAAGUGAAGUUAGUCAAACUGAUCAAGUUGUCACAGACGAUAAGACAACACAAACUGUUAUCAAACUUAUCCGUCAAUUACUCUUUAUACUAUGGGAAUUCUCUGAAUUACGACCAAUAUACAAAUUAGCUGGAUGGACAGAAGCAGAUUUUUGUAUUCACAAACGUAGUCGUCUGGCAAGUCUUGUUAGGCGUCGAUCAAAACGGACGGAAAUACCAAGACGAAGAGUGAACUCCACUUACAGACAGUAUACAAAUGAAAAAUCAACCGAAUAUAAUGACAACAGCAAAGAAAGAUUUAUGUUUUCAAAUAAAAUAAAGUCUAAUGAAGUGAUAUCAGAUGAUUUUGCCAGCCGAUGUGAUGAUCUCAGUGAAUCAUUAUACAGUCUACACGGUCAACCAUCAUCAUCAUCUUAUUAUAUCCCGGCUCAAUCAUUUGUACAUGAAUCACAUAAUACAGAUGAAAUGAAUUUCUACAGGCAGGAGAAACCAUAUGGUGUUUAUUUACCCGAAAGUGGAAUAAAUGAAGGCGGUAAAGAUCGUCAAAGUAUGUUCGAGGAUGAUUGGAGAUAUCGUUCAGAUUUGGACAAGUUGAUGGAACAACGACGUUUAUUUCAACGGAUUAAUGAAAUGGGAAAUAAUUAUUCAAACACAUUGGAUCAAAAUACACCUGACAGUUGGGUGUAGUAUAACUGCAUGUGCGUGUGCGUGUACUUGUGUGUAUACGUUCUACUACACAAUUCAUUCAUAUUUGCUUAUCCCAACCAAGAUUUGACACCAAUCAAAUAAAUUUCUUGUCAAUGAA